AUGGCUAAAAUAUUCCUAGCACCACCAAUUUUUUUGGUGUUGUCCAUCUUAUUAAUAUUCAUUACUUCAUCACAAGCAACUUCACCAACCUUUGAUUGGGUUCAACAAGAAUACCUAAAGGCUCACAAUGAUCUAAGAAGUAGUGUUGGUGUUCCUCCUUUGCAAUGGGAUGCGAAAUUAGCCGCUUUUGAGUAUGAUUGGGCUACUCAAAGGAAGGAAGAUUGUAAUUACAGGCAACAUUCGACCGGCCCAUACGGAGAGAACAUCUUCUGGCAGCUUUACUCAGAGACACCUGCAACUGGUAUUGUACAAAAAUGGUUUGAUGAAAAGAAAAAUUUUGAUGAGGUGAAGAAUGUUUGCAAAUGCCAGCCAGAAAAGGCAGGAUGUGAAUUUGGCCAUUAUUUAAAUAUAGUAUGGAAGACAACAACAAAAGUUGGAAGUAGUGGCAAUGUUUAUUGCAAUGACCAAAAGGGUGUUUAUAUUGUAUGUUCAUAUGAUCCUAUUGGGAAUUAUAAAGGUGUUAACCCUUUGAAUCCUGAUAAUAAUUCCACAACUAAAUCCACUAACCUUUGA